CAUCAUUAGGUCCCAUUUUUGAAAAAACAAAACCCAUCCCAACCAAUCUUUCUGCACCUUCCCCCAUUUCUUCUUCCUUCCUCUCUCUCUCUCUCUCUGUCUCUCUGUGCAACUUUUAAAAUCGCCAUCAUCAGUAUAUCAUCAAGCCUAAAAACAUCUCAAGCUUUAGUGGGUGCCACUCCAAAACCCUAGCUAUGGAAGGAAGAUUUAGCAACCACCCAUUUAUAAAUGAGCAAGAAGACAUCGAAAACUCACCAGAAAACAGCGAAGAUACGCUUCGUUCCGGCAUGCUCAACGACACCAAGACCACUUCUACCUCCUCCCCUAAAAGAAGUAGGCGCGCUGCACAGAAAAGAGUGGUCUCCAUCCCGAUCGGAGACAUCGAAGGGUCGAGGCUGAAGGGGGAGAGUGCUCCACCGUCUGAUUCAUGGGCUUGGAGGAAGUACGGUCAGAAACCCAUCAAAGGCUCACCUUACCCCAGAGGGUACUACCGGUGCAGUAGCUCCAAAGGAUGUCCGGCCAGAAAACAAGUAGAGAGAAGCCACGUCGACCCCACCAUGGUAGUGGUGACGUACUCCUGCGAGCACAACCACGCUUUGCCGGCGUCCAAAAACAAUCACCACCAAAACCACCAACAACCCACCAUCAUCUCCGCCACUACCCCCGCCGCGGCCGAGGCAGCUACACCGGUCUCGCCGCCUCUACUUUUCGACAAUUUGGGAGAAGAAGAGUCUCAGAUCAACGCUUACCAAUUCGAGUGGUUUUCACAUUUGGAAUCGGUAUCAUCAACCGUGCUCGAAAGCCCGAUGUUGGAUAGCGGUGGUGGCGGCAGCGGCGGUGAUGGGGCGUUGAUUUUUACGAUAAGGGAGGAGGAUGAGUCGUUGUUCGGUGACUUAGGGGAGCUGCCGGAGUGCGCGGUGGUGUUCCGGCGAGGGGUGAGGGAGAGGGAGGAGGAGGAGAGGCGGCGGUGUAAUUUGGCACCGUGGUGUGGGACCACAGGGUGAGAUCUUAUGACACGUGUUGGUUUUGGAUUUGUCUUUUGUUCAUUUGCUGAGCUGGAUAUACAAUGAUUUCAACGAUGGAGUGCGUAUCGUGCGCCUUAAGAUACCCAAUUUUUAUUUCUUUUUUAAUUUGAUCAUUUUAUUUCAUAUUUAUUUUAUUUUAUAUUGUCCAGAUUUCAGUGUCGUAAAUAACGAAAUAAAAAUGUCCGAUUCUGGUUUUUGUCUUCA